UUUCAGUUUGAGCUUGUCUUCUCCUAAAUGCGUCAGUCUCAUUUUCCUCUUCACAGUGGACACGUCUGAAUGCGUUUAUGAAAAACAAGAAUAGUUUUCUAUCAUAAAUAAAAAAACUGGAAAAGGGUAUUUUAACAAAUUAUAACUAGAAACGCGGCAGUAUGUUUUGCGGAUACUGGACUGUCAUGCGUGUCAUGUGUUUUUCCGUCGCUUUGGCUGGGGUUUUCACUGAACAAGAUUGUGUGACAGGCGUUGGUAACCCAGGCCUCGACCAAUCCGCGAUGGAACCAGCACCCACAAUUGAAAUCAUUAGGAAAGGAGAGGAUCUCCAUUUUCACUCUAGCCCCCCUAAGUUAGAAUACCCUCAAUGUUGGAAACAUAGGUUUGAGUACACAAAAUGCAAUGAAGACCCAAUCCAAGUAUGUGCAACUUAUGAAAGAAACUGGACAGCCACAGUACAAUAUGAUGUUGCUUGCAGGUAUGCUGUUAAAGUGCAAGCAUUAUUUGAUGAACAGUACUGUGGGAAAGACUACUACAACAGUGAAAUAAGCGAACCUGUGUAUUUCGGUAACAAUAGUGAUUUAGAUUUGCCAUUUACUGUGGCUAUGAUUGCCAUCCCUGUAAUAAUGUGCGCUUGUCUCAUCGUUGCUAUGUUGCUGUUUCGGAGACACAAAGAGAAGUUUCUCCCCAAAGUUCCCAGUCCAGCAAAUUUCUUAAAGGAUAUGUUUGACAAUAACAAAGAAAUGACAAAGGUCCUGUAUGUGGGAGAACUCUAUGUACCUAAUGAGGAGGUGGAGGAAGCGAUCCAUGUGGAGCCAAAAACUGCAUCACAGAUUCUAAUCAACAAAACCUGAAGGUUUUGAGGAUGAACAUGUUCCAGAAAAAGUUAAAGACAUCCUGCUGCUUAGCAAAUACACUGUUACACUGUUCGUUUGUGAGAAUACUUAAUAUAUGUGCUACAACGCAAGUCUGGAGCCUGGGAGAGUUUGUGUCGGAUGUCGUCCUGCUUUUCCUAUUCAACUCAUUUGCAAAAGCCCAGCAAGCCACGGUUUAUUUUAAAAUAUAAAGAUGGAUAGUUCAUGUUUUAAGUAAAAAGAUACAGUAACAUAAAGGUCAUGUUAGGUUUUUUCAUUUUUUAUUUUUUUAUUUUUUUGGGCACACGUGGAAUUUGGUUAAGCAGCGCCUCGGCUUAUUCCUUGAUUGUCGUGAUCGUAAGUCUUUACUUUGUUCACAUUUCCACAGAGGACAGAAUUGUGCCUAAGGAGCCAACAAAUGGUUUAAAACAGUGAAUGAACUUGUCUAAUGCGGGUCAAGUUAAAAUAGAAAGCAAUGACAAUUAUGAGACUAACAAAUCAGCCGUUCAUACAUAUCCCAGAAAAGCUGUAACCUUCUCAUUAACCUUCUCAUAAUUUUAAAGCAGCAUAAAGAGUGCUCAAUCCUUUUUUCCUGUUGUUAAAACUUGCAUUUAUAUAUUUUGCUCUGGUAUGUAAAAAAAUCAUAGUUAUAUUCUUGCUAUAAGAUAUGUAUAUGUCGGAUCACUGUCGAAGCUACCGAUAAAAAUCGCUUAGCCAAGGGCAGACACCAACCCAUAAGCACCUUCUACUUUUACAAUAUUUGAAAGGUGUUUGUUUAGCUGGAUCUCUUUAAAUUGUAAUCCACAAUAAUAAAAACAAAUUCGCUAAUGGUAAUCCUAUUUCUAGAUAAAUUCAAAAUAAACUAUUGAAAGAUUCUAUAUUAGGUUUAUUACCAAGUAGCAUCAAGUUGCUUGGACCACUCAGGUCUUUUUGAGGAGACAUUUCUGUUUUUGUUUUUUCUGUAACUAGAUAAAUUGUAAAUUAGUAUGUUUAUGCUAAUUGUACAAUAAUAAAUAAAUGUGCAAUAAUUUUAAAA